AUGAAUUCUUCAGCUAGUCAAAGGAGCGUUGCAGCUGUGUUUGGUUUUCUGUGGGGUGCUGGUCUUAUGGGUUUUAUUGAGUGUCUCGCGGGAUGUAGGAACGCUCUAAGAAAUGUGACGCAAAGAAUUAUAAUUUACAACUACUUCGGCCACUGUAAGAAGAAGGUGCAGUCCCUGACUCAACCAAUAUUGACCAAAGAACAUGCACAUCUUCGCAAGGACAAGACUUCACAUCCUUAUACAGAAUCUAGAAUGGUUGCUUACUCUUUUUGUGGCUUGAAUGAAGCCGAUCCCAGAGCUUCUUCAGAGGGCAGAGAAGGGACUGAAGCCAUCCCAUUGGGUGAUGUGUGUUAG